CAAUCGGAUUCCAUCAACAUUUCUGAUGAUGAAUCAAAACUUUUGGAAUAAAACCCAACCUGUGUCCCAGGCUCCGCCCCCUUCACUUGACUCACUCGACAUGGACCAGGAAAACAGUCAGUCGCCGUCAGUGAGUGAAGAGACGCAGACCCAAGACCAGACUCUGUCCUCUGACUGAGUCCAGCUGCAGAAGACACGCGUCCACACACUGAAGCUUCUCUCACAGACAAAAUGGCCUCUAGAUUAGAGGAGGAUCUCUGCUGUCCCAUCUGUCAUGAAGUCUUCAGAGAUCCUGUCCUUCUGCCCUGUAGCCACAGCUUCUGUAAAGACUGUGUGAAGACAUGGUGGAGAGACAGACCAACACCUGACUGUCCUGUUUGUAAGAAAAGGUCUCCAACGGACCCACCGUGUAACCUGGUUUUAAAGAACACGUGUGAGACCUUCUUACAGGAGCAAGGUCCGAGGUCUUCAGAGGUUCUCUGCAGUCAGCACUCUGAGAAACUCAGACUCUUCUGUCUGGACCAUCAGCAGCCAUUGUGUCUGGUCUGCAGAGAUUCAGAAAAACACAUCGGCCACAAGUUCAGACCCAUCGAUGAAGCUGCACAAGAACACAAGGAGCAACUUCAGGAAACUCUGGAGACCUUCAAGAAGAACUUAGAGAGUCUGGAAGAAGUUCAGGUGAAGUUUGAUCAAACAGCAGAACACAUUAAAGUCCAGGCCCGACGCACAGAGACACGGAUGAAGGAGCAGUUUAAGAAGCUUCAUCAGUUUCUAGAAGAGGAAGAGGAGACCAGGAUGGCUGAACUGAGGGAGGAAGAGCAGCAGAAGAGUCACAUGAUGAAGGAGAAGAUGGCGGUUCUGAGCAGAAAGACAAAAGCAAUAUCAGAUACAAUCAGAGCCACAGAGGACGAGCUGAGCACUGAAGACGUCGCCUUCCUGCUCAACUACAGAGAGCAGCAGCGCCCCCUGCUGGAGCCUCCACAACUGCACUCAGGAGCUCUGAUCGACGAGGCCACUCACCUGGGCAACCUGGCCUACAACAUCUGGUACAAGAUGAAGGACGUGGUCUCCUACAGCCCUGUGGUUCUGGACCCAAACACUGCUCAUCCAAGACUAUUCCUGUCUGAAGAUCUGACCAGUGUGAGACGAGGAGCCAGACAGAAGGUUCCUGAUAAUCCAGAGAGGUUUGAUUAUUAUUGCAGUGUCCUGGGCUCUGAGGGCUUGAACUCAGGGACUCACAGCUGGGACGUCCAGGUUGGAGACAAUAAACAGUGGACAGUGGGAGUUUCAGAGUCUGACCAGAGGAAAGGGAAAGACAUGCUGUCUGGAUCAUGGAGGAUAAGGUUCUAUGAAGAUAAAUACUCUGAAUCGUCACCAGGUAAAAACUCUGUUCUCCAGCUAAGGAGGAAGAUCCAGAAGAUCAGAGUGAGUCUGGACUGGGACAGAGGACAACUGUCCUUCUCUGAUCCUGAUACUAACACACUCAUACACACACACACACACACUUUCACACACACCAUGUUUCCAUACUUUAACACUGCUGAUAAAGACGAUCAUCACGCAGUGAAGAUGUUACCAGUGAAGGUUUGUGUGACAGAGGAUCAGAGCACAUGAAGACACUUAAAGGGACAAUGCAGAGAACUGAAGCUGUGAGUAAUCGAACGCCAUUAUUUCUGAUGCAGAAAAGAGCAAAGCUGAAUUUAGAGAACAUGCCAAUAUUUGGUUUCUUAAAUCAGGGUUAUAGAAACGUUAAGAGAUAACAGAAUUGCUAAAGCUAAAGAGAGACGAAAAUCAGAGACUUUGCUCAGAGACUUCAGAACUUUGAGUUGUUUUGGUCUUGAAAAUGAACACUUGUGGGAUGUUUUGUUUGAUUUUGUUGUUGAUCACGAUCAUAAGAUAAUAAGUGGUUUAAUCAGAUAAUAAGUGGUUUUGAUCAGAUUAGUGGUUUAAUCAUUAAAAUGUGUCUUUAUAUACAAAGUUACAGCAUGUACAUUAACAUUAAAGCCAACAUUAGUCAUUUUCCACUCUGUCUGGUUUAUAUACAGUGGAUGAACAAUAUAAGUAGCCCAUUAGUAAAUAGGGUAUUAAGGAUCUUAUCUUAAGAUAUCUAAGAUAUCUAAAGUGACGUAGAUUUGCAUUUUAGUCUUCUGUUAAGUGGCUAAAAUCUGCAUUUCUUCACUCCAAAGAACCCACACCAAACCCCAUAGAGAAAAUCAGUGAUUUUAGCUCACGGAG